AGUAUUACAGACCGGCUGGGCUACAACACAACAGUCAUCCAUACCUCUUACUUACCUACUAUUCAGUUUUUAGCACAUUCGAAAUGCACACACGGCGAUCAAAUCCAUCAAUUUGAACAUUCCUUUUUUACUCCACUUUCUAAAGUGGUGAUUAUUGUUUCCGUUUUACUUUCAGUUCAGCAGUGCCUUUCGUUCAAUUAAAUCUAUUAAGUGAACACGUUUAAGCAUUUACUGGUCGCUUGGCGUUGAUGAGGAAUAAAUAAAUAAAUAAUAAAUGGGAUCACGACACACCAUCGUGAGGAGGAUGGUAAAAAAAUUAAAAAAUGAACCAUUAUUCGUCCUCCAGUCGUGAUAUUGUGGCCGACCAAGGCAAUGGUGAUGAUGACCACGACGAUCGUUUCGGGUACAAGGACCACCCCUCGUUCCAGUGGAGGAACAAUUUGAAGGGGAAGAGUCGGGAUUGUUCACCAAAUUCGAUUUUCAAGAUGAUGAACCUGACCUGUUUCCUGCGAAGUGCGAGGUCCAUGCUCCACCGGAAAGCGAAUUUGUACAAUGUGACGGUUUUCUUCCUUUUGGUCGGAGUAUUUUUAACGUACCUCAAUCUCAACAAGUUGCACGACCUCAUCCUUCACCAGCAAGAUUGUGGGGGCUUGCUGAAAAGUAGUUCCGCUUCGGGAGGUGAAUUCAUCCAGAAGAAAAAAUUUGCCUUGCACGGGCGUCGCGUCGAUUCCGGAUAUUUGAAGCAUGUCGUUGAAGUGCUGGAGUCCGUGGGGUGGCAUCGCACCAGUUUGGAGUCGCAAGACUGGGACCUCCUCUGGGCGCAUGAUUACCCAUUUCGAACUCUCAAGGACCAAUUAGACGCGUCCGGAAAUAAGAAGAGGUUCAUCAACCAUUUCCCUGGAUCUGGUUACGUCACGAAUAAAAUGAGUUUGGCGACCUCUUCCCUGCCUCAUGUUCCGAAAGCCUUCCAACUUCCCAAGGACAAGGAUAAGCUGCUCAAAUAUGCUGCUGACAACCAGCAUAAGCGUUUCGUCCAAAAGUCAAACAACCAUCGAGGCAUCCGCAUUUCGCCCUUGGCUGCAUUGAACCUCACCUCAAACUCCUCCUUUGUCCAAGAGUACAUCUCGAACCCGCUCCUUAUCGAUGGACACAAAUUCGACAUUGGCGUGUACACCAUCCUCACGUCGAUCGCCCCCCUUCGCCUCUACAUCCAUGGCGACGUCCUUUUCCGCUUCUGCCCCGAAGCUUAUCACCCAUUCGACCCGGACGUGGUGGACAAAUACGUCGUGGGGGACGACUACCUCCCCCUUUGGAAGGUCGACUCCCUCUCGCCAUUCUACAACGGACUCGGGAUGGGAAUGAAGGCCAGUUUCAAUGCGUGGUACGAUUUGAAGCGGGCCAAAAAUAAGACAGGGGCCAAGACAUCUGACGCCAUUUGGACCCAAGUGGAGGACGCCAUCCGAGCCGUGUAUUUGGCGAAGGAGGCGUCGAUUCUCGAAACCACGAGGAAAUUUGGAAACUCACACCACAACUAUUUUGAAAUGGUUCGUUUCGAUUUCGUGAUUGAUGACGACGGCCAAGUUUUUAUAAUGGAGGCGAACAUGAGUCCAAACCUGUCGUCGGCCCAUUUUCCCCCGAAUCAAGAACUGUAUCGCCAAGUGUUGUACAAUCUGUUCAAAUUGGUUGGUGUGGCGUCAGUCGAGGUGGACGGGAGGUCCACGACGGACACUACGAGUGUUACCAGGAAACAUUUAGCCGUAUUUCCGGAAGAAUGCAGUUCUUCCAAGUGUUUGUAUGACUGUGAUUCGGUGCGAUGUUCCCUUUGUGCCCAUUGUCUCAGUCCGGGAGGGAGGGAAGCCUUGGCUCGUGCCUACCUCGAGGGGGUCAACCAGGGCGACACGAUCCGCAUAUUUCCACCCAACAACCGAUCCGGUGCGUUGAGAAGCCUCGACACGGUCAAACUCAGCCAAGAAAACCAACGGGAGGUGGAAUGGUUCAGAGGCAAGUGUGACCUGGCCCCCUCCACGGUUUUCUGCUAGACAAAAGAAUAAUAAUCAUGCGAACGACGAUGGGAAUUUUAGUAAAUAUUUCAUACGAGUUGCAUAUUUUAUUUUACUUUUAGACAAAUUUUUGUGAUAAUAAUACGUAUACUUAAAUAGCAUCGCAGUGCGGGACAGAUUUGUAUUUAACUAAUUAAACAGUGACUAAUUUAUACCUCAUAAAUAAUAUUUGUAAUUACCUGAGGCAAAAA